CUGCAUUGUCACUCGACAAGAAAUAACACAAUAACAACCCUCACAAAGGAAACCGGAGAACCAAUGAUUUGGUUCUCGGGCGGUUCGUGUGGAUUCAAGAAGGGAAAUCGCUCUACCUAUGAAGCGGGUUAUCAGUGUGCUGUCAGGAUGUUCAAGUGGAUUGAGGAAUACCAGAGGACCGUUCCCUCCCUAGAAAUCGACCUUUUCUUCAAGGGCUUUGGUCAGGGAAGAGAAGCUCUCAAAGGUGCUCUUUUGGCUGCAGAGGGCGAGCGAGUUAGACAACUCGUCGUUUCAAUCACCGAUAGGACUCCCAUUAAAAUUGGAGGAACACGCGCGAAGAAGACACGACGUUUGUAA